AUGUAUCCCAACAAUUUUUUCGAAAAGUUAACCACGGGGGAUCAAAUCCUCAAAGGGAGUGCACUCUUCCUUCUGGUACUAUGGACCAUCUUUGCCAACUCCUUGGUAUUUAUAGUACUGUACAAAAAUCCACGCCUGCAAACUGUGCCCAAUCUUUUGGUCGGUAAUCUGGCAUUCUCUGAUCUGGCUCUAGGAUUAAUAGUUUUGCCAUUAUCCUCGGUAUAUGCAAUAGCUGGAGAAUGGGUAUUUCCAGAUGCAUUGUGCGAGGUUUUUGUGUCAGCCGACAUUCUAUGCUCCACUGCAUCUAUCUGGAACUUGUCAAUUGUUGGUCUAGACAGGUACUGGGCAAUUACCAGUCCAGUUGCAUAUAUGAGUAAAAGAAACAAGAGAACAGCGGGUAUAAUGAUUUUGUCGGUUUGGAUAUCCAGUGCAUUGAUCUCUUUGGCACCACUUCUCGGAUGGAAACAGACUGCACAAACACCAAACCUUAUUUACGAGAAGAACAAUACAGUUCGUCAGUGUACCUUCCUGGAUCUUCCAAGUUACACGGUGUACUCGGCAACUGGCUCGUUUUUUAUUCCUACGCUUCUUAUGUUUUUCGUAUAUUUCAAAAUUUAUCAAGCUUUUGCAAAGCAUCGCGCGCGUCAGAUCUACCGUCAGAAGGUUAUUCGCAAGCAUAUUGAGUCGACUAUUCUUCAUGAGAUUAGUCAUGUUCUGCCAACGUCAGAUGAAUUUGCCAAGGAGGAAGAGGAGGAAGAAGAUAGUGAAAGCAGUGGACAAGUUGAAAAUGGGCUGGGAAAUGGGAAUGACGCAAUUAUUGAGGAAGAUGAGUGUGAAGAUGAAGAUUCUGAUGAAAAACGAGAUGAUCAUACUUCUAUGACAACAGUGACUGCCACGGUGACUGGUCCAACUGAAGCUCCUUACAUGAAAAGGGAAGCAAAGGUGUCAAAAUCAGUGCCAAUUAGAGAAGAAUCUGCAAUUCAGAAAAGAGAAGCAAAACCUAUGAGAAGUGUUAUGGCAAUCAGUUAUGAAAAAGUGAAACGCCAUAAGAAUAGAAAGGAACGUAUCUACCGUAAGAGUCUUCAACGAAAACCAAAAGCUAUUUCUGCUGCAAAAGAAAGGCGGGGCGUGAAGGUACUUGGAAUCAUCUUGGGAUGUUUCACAGUGUGUUGGGCACCUUUCUUCACAAUGUACGUGCUGGUGCAGUUCUGCAAGGAAUGCAGUCCAAAUGCUCAUAUAGAAAUGUUCAUCACAUGGCUCGGCUACAGUAACUCCGCCAUGAACCCGAUUAUUUAUACGGUUUUCAACAGAGACUAUCAAAUUGCAUUGAAGCGACUCUUCACUUCGGAAAAGAAGCCGGGCUCAACUUCUCGUGUCUAA